AUGCCGAGCGGCGGAGCCAAGGAGGCUAACGAAGCCGCCGAGCCGGCGGUGCUGCUCCUCCCGCAGCGCCUGCAAGAGCUCGGCCUCCAUGGGAAAGAGGAGGAGGAGGAAGGAGAAGCGGCGCUGAAGGAGCAUGAGGAGGAUGAGGACGAAGCCGCGCCGCAGCCGCCAUCACCGCUGUUGCCGGCUGUGGCUGCUGCCGAAGGGGAGGCCGGAGCUCGGAGGAUGACGGCGACCGUGCUGUCCCGCACCCGUGGCGGAGCUCCGGCCACGAGCGGCGAGCAGGCGGCGCUGGUCAGGAGGAAGAGCGUCAACACCACCGAGUGCGUGCCCGUGCCCACCUCCGAGCAUGUGGCGGAGAUCGUGGGGCGCCAGGGCUGCAAGAUCAAGGCGCUGCGGGCCAAGACCAACACGUACAUCAAGACGCCUCUGCGCGGGAAGGAGCCGGUGUUCGUGGUGACCGGGCGGCUGGAGGACGUGGCCACGGCCAAGAGGGAGAUCCUGUCGGCGGCCAAGCACUUCUCGCUGAUCCGGGCGUCGCGGGGCCGGUCCGGGGGCCCGGGCGGGCCGUGCUUGCCGCCGGUGGUGCCGGGGCAGACCACGGUGCACGUGCGGGUGCCGUACAGCGUGGUGGGGCUGGUGGUGGGCCCCCGGGGAGCCACCAUCAAGCGCAUCCAGCAGCAGACGCACACGUACAUCGUGACGCCGUGCCGGGACAGGGAGCCCGUGUUCGAGGUGACGGGCAUGCCCGAGAACGUGGACCGGGCCCGCGAGGAGAUCGAGACGCACAUCGCAUCGCGCACCGGCUCCUUCCCGCGGCCCGGCGACGGCUGCGACUUCCGCGCCAACGGCACCGACGUGGGCUUCGAGGCCCGGCCCCGCGCCCGCGCCCGCGCCGGGGUGGCCGCCGGCUACCGCAACGACAGCUCCAGCUCGCUGGGCAGCGGCUCCACCGACUCGUGCCUGGGCGGCGGCCGCCUGGCCGACUUCAGCCCCGCCAGCCCCUUCGGCGCCGGCGGCUUCUGGUUCGGCGAGGCGCUGCCCGCCGUGGGCGCCGAGGAGCGGGCGCUGGACUCGCCCGCCUACGAGCCCCUGCCCGCGCCCUCGCCGACCAUCUGGGCGCCGCUGCGCGGGCCGGAGGCCGUGGGCGCCGCCGGGGCCCCUCGCCGCGGCAGCCGCUCGCCCACGCCCCGCCUGUCGCCCACCUUCUCCGAGAGCCUGGAGCACCCGCUGGCCAGGCGGGCCCGCGGCGACGCGCCGGGCGGCGGCCCCCAGGCCGGGCUGCCCAUGCACAUCCCCGCCUUCUCCAACGGUACCAACAGCUACUCCUCGUCCAACGGCGGCUCCACGUCCAGCUCGCCGCCCGAGUGCCGGCGCAGGCACGACUGCGUGCUCUGCCUGGAGGGCGAGGCCGGCGCCGCCCUCGUGCCCUGCGGCCACAGCCUCUUCUGCCUGCCGUGUGCCAGCCGCAUCUGCGACGGCGACGCGCCCGCCUGCCCCGUGUGCCAGAGCGCCGUCACCCAGGCCAUCCGCAUCCACUGCUGA